UCCCACCUUUGGGCCCUUGGUACCUUCUCUCAACCUUCAUCGCGGAUACCAACUCAGGAGGGGCACCUUCAGAAAGCACUGGGUGCAGUUGUUAAGUGGCUUAAUAUUUACCUACGUCGGCAUACCCCUCACAUUCACAAUGUCCCUACUGUCUGUAAGCAGGCUUGCGCCGAAGAUCCUGAAUUCAAAGAGUGCAGCUUGUGUCUUUGUGGCAGCAAGGAAUGCCUCUUCAUCAUCGAACCUGAAAGAUGUUCUGGCAGACCUAAUUCCUAAAGAACAGACACGCGUCAAGAACUUCAAACAACAGCAUGGCAAAACCAACAUCGGGCAGAUUACAGUGGACAUGGUGUAUGGUGGCAUGAGGGGAAUGAAGGGUCUGGUGUAUGAGACCUCAGUGCUGGACCCAGACGAGGGUAUCCGUUUCCGUGGCUACAGCAUUCCAGAAUGCCAGCAGCUGCUACCCAAAGCAGCAGGCGGGGCAGAGCCACUGCCUGAGGGCCUCUUCUGGCUUCUGGUGACUGGACAGGUGCCCUCCGAAGAACAGGCCAACUGGUUGUCCAAGGAGUGGGCCAAGAGGGCCGCCCUGCCCUCCCACGUGGUCACCAUGCUGGACAACUUUCCCACCAACCUGCACCCCAUGUCCCAGUUCAGCGCCGCCAUCACAGCCCUCAAUAGCGAGAGCAGCUUUGCACGCGCCUACUCCGAGGGAGUAAACAAGGCCAAGUACUGGGAGUUUGUGUACGAGGACUCCAUGGACUUGAUUGCCAAGCUGCCAUGUGUGGCUGCUAAGAUCUACCGCAACCUGUACCGCGAGGGCAGCAGCAUCGGCGCCAUUGACUCGGGCCUGGACUGGUCCCACAACUUUACCAACAUGUUGGGCUACACCGAUGCCCAGUUCACCGAGCUCAUGCGCCUGUACCUUACCAUCCACAGUGACCAUGAAGGAGGGAAUGUCAGUGCCCACACCAGCCAUCUGGUGGGCAGUGCCCUCUCCGACCCCUAUCUUUCGUUCAGCGCGGCCAUGAAUGGCCUGGCAGGACCUCUACACGGCCUCGCCAACCAGGAGGUGCUGGUGUGGCUGACGGCGCUGCAGAAGGAGAUGGGUGGCGAGGUGUCGGAUGAGAAGAUGAGGGACUACAUCUGGAACACGCUCAAGUCAGGAAGGGUGGUGCCAGGCUAUGGGCAUGCGGUGCUUAGGAAGACAGAUCCGCGGUACACGUGCCAGCGUGAGUUUGCCCUGAAGCACCUACCUAACGAUCCCAUGUUCAAGCUGGUGGCGCAGCUCUACAAGAUUGUGCCCAACGUCCUGCUGGAGCAGGGCAAGGCCAAGAACCCCUGGCCCAAUGUGGACGCCCACAGUGGAGUCCUGUUGCAGUACUAUGGCAUGACUGAGAUGAACUACUACACAGUGCUGUUCGGCGUGUCCCGCGCCCUGGGGGUCCUUGCCCAGCUGAUCUGGAGCCGAGCCCUGGGCUUCCCACUGGAGCGCCCCAAAUCCAUGAGCUCUGAUGGACUAAUGAAAUUGGUCGGAGCCAAGUCCGGCUAGAGGAGCCGGAGGAGGAGAUGGAGGAAGAUUGGGAAAAUGGAAGAGCUGAAAUUUGGGAUGGGGGAGAGAAGGGAGACUGGGGCUUGUUUUUCAAAAGGAGACCACAUCACUUUAAAGAACUCAAAAGAAGGGCCUUUACCACAGUUCCAACAGAUAGCUAACUUAUUGUUAACAGGGCAGUAGCUGAUGAUUACACAGACAGUUAGAGUAGAUCUGUUUGUUUUUGUGGUGUUUGGGUCUGGGGGGAGGGAAUAAGGGUAAUUAUUGAGGAAAUAUAGACUUUAACUUGGCAUAACAAAGCUAUUCAAAUGUACAGUUGACAUGUUGCUGUUUAAGUUGGGGCCCGGCAGGCGAAGACUAGUGUGGAUAACCAGUAAGGUAAUUUUAAGAUCUUUAAGGUGUAUGUUAAUGAACUGAGAAGUAUCCCGUUGGCCUUUUCAUCCCAGCUCCAGCUAAUAAUCAAAAAUGGCUGAUA